UCCAACGGAGCAAUUGCAAGACUUUAUCAUUGCAGAUUAUUACCGAUAAAUCGAUUCCUUUGGGAGAACCAGACGCCGUGCGCUCGAGCCUAACCCUGCCCUGUUGAGUCAGUGCUGACAGUUGAAGUAUUAACGUUGGCGCCGCUUCCACUCACAUAUUCUUCACCUCCCUGGCGCUCUCUGCAAGACUCGCCUCCUGCCAUGUCUUCUACUGGAUGGUUCCUCCUCUGGACCGCGCUCCUCAUACUUGGGGUCCAAAGGAUUGACAGCGGCAAGUCCAAGGUCAACUCCAUCAAGUCUCCCGUCAACGGGCAGUCUCCGGAACCACUGCCGGCCAACAGAUCCACCGGCAUCCCGCAGGCGAAGAUCAAUAAGAAAGGCGCCGCCGGGAGCCAGAAACAAGCAUGCAGCAGUGAUAAGGAGUGUGCACCAAGUGGCUACUGUCACCACUCACACCACCAAGGCUACCCGACUUGCCUCUCCUGCAGACGAAGGAAGAAGCGAUGCCACAGAGACUCCAUGUGUUGCCCUGGGAACUACUGCAGUAAUGGAAUUUGUGUAGCACUUCUUGAGGGCGCUCAACGCAGAACCUCCACUGGGGAUAUACAAGAACAUUCAAAAAAGGUCGGUCACCAUGGAUCCAAGGGCAGAUACUGGCAAAUUGUGGGCAACACCCAGGCUAAACCAUCACGUGAAAAAGGUCACGAAGGGGACUCCUGUUUACGCUCUUCUGAUUGUGCGGAAGGAUUCUGUUGCGCCCGUCACUUUUGGACCAAGAUCUGCAAGCCCGUUCUUCGUCAAGGAGAAGUAUGUACAAAGCAGAAGAGAAAAGGUUCACACGGCUUAGAGCUUUUCCAGCGCUGUGACUGUGCUAAAGGACUUGCCUGCAAAAUUUGGAAAGAGGCCAAAUCAAGGCUCCACAUCUGCCAGAAAAUCUGAGUGCGUUGGAAUUCUGCUACAGCCCCGAGACUGUGUGAAACAGGGUGCUUUGUAGGACCAUAUCGUGUAAAUAAUGCAGGAUUUGUUAAAGCGGCUUUUCUUUAACAAGAAUCCUUUCUCGCUUAAUGCAAAAGUACAUGGAGGAUAGGUCCAAGGAUCAAGGCAUUUUCACUCUGGCCAAUCCAUGACAGGUUACCAUUUUCAAAUUAAUUAAAGGCAUUACAGCGGGCAGCAUUGAGCUGCAGUCUCUAUUUUCCAUUACAGUUUGUGAUUCUCAGGGUGUGGGUAUCGCUGACAAGUCUGGCAUUUAUUUCUCGUCCCAGGUCCCUCCAAGGAGUUGAUGAUAGGUCUUCACUUGAGCUCCUACCAUUGGAAAUGCGCCCACAAUGAUGUUGGUUGGAUCUUGACCAACAUUAUGUGAAUUAUAAGUCUGCGCAUAGAAUCUUUCAGCACAAGUGGAAGCCAUUUGGUCCAUAGGGCCUGUACUGGCACUUUAAGACACAUUGGUAUGCAUGCAAGCCUGUAUUUAUUGACCUGCAGUGUUGUCCCUGGGAGGGCAGGACCAGUUCAAUAUCGCCAUCUUUCAGAAUUCAUUUCCCCAGCAGGCUGCAGAAGGACAGUUGUUAAUCAGUUCUUUUUCACUAUAAAACCUAUUGGUUUCAUCUUCAUAGAUGCCAUUCAUGAGAGUCGCACAAUGUUACACACUUAGAACAUCUCACAUAAUUAAUGGUUGCAUAUCAAGAAAUUUCAGUGCAGAUAAACUUCAUAAUAGAAACAUGUCCUUCAGCCCCUCAAACCCGUUCUUCCACUCAAAUACACCAUGGAAAAUAUUUCUCUCCAGUCCGUUUAUCCACUAUUUUCAUGCAGAGGGUUGAAAUCCCUUUGAUACUUCAUUACAUUAGCAACAAAGCCAGUAAUCAAAUUCAAUUAGAUAAGAUCACAUCUACCAUUGAGUAAACUGAGAGUAAACAUUCAUAUCUCAUGGAAAGGUGAAAAGUCAAAAGGCCAUUUUCAA